AGAAGAGCGACAACCCAAAAUAAUCUCAGCAGUGAUCAUGUUGUGCGCAAUAUCAGGAGAAGCGCCCCAGGCGCCUGUUGUUUCGAGAAAGAGUGGACACCUGUUCGAGAAGCGCUUAAUAGAGGCACAUAUCAAAGAACACCAUACGGACCCAGUAACCGGCGAGGAUCUCGAGACUGAUGACCUCUUGGAACUUAAGUCGGCGCGAACACUCAAGCCACGACCACCUACGCUUACCUCGAUACCUUCGCUUCUUUCUGCUUUCCAGAACGAAUGGGACGCAAUCGCCCUAGAGACGUACAACCUUAGGAAAGAGCUUGCGCAAACCAGACAGGAACUCAGCACGGCCUUGUAUCAACACGAUGCUGCCACAAGAGUGAUUGCAAGGCUGGUAAAAGAGAGAGAUGAUGCUAGGGAAGCUCUAUCAAACGUGACUGUGAGUGCUGGCGCAGGUACGAAUGGCGACGCUAUGCAGGUCGAUUCGACGGCAAUGUCGGACGAGGUUGCCGAAAUUAUUACGUCGACACAAGCAGAGCUCUCUGGGACAAGAAAGAAGCGACCAGUACCUCCAGACUGGGCAACCGCUGAGGACGUUCAGUCGCUGGACUCGACACAAGCAACAGAGCCCUUGUAUCCUGGGGGUACCACCCUCGCCCUUGACUCUGCUGGGGAGCUUGCUAUUAUAGGAGGAAACAAUGGGGUUGCCGGUAUCUACUCAACGACGAAACGAGAAAUCGUCGAAACGAUCGAUGUGGGUGCACCUGUCACGGCAGCUGCUUGGUGGGGAUCGCGACCCGUGGUAGGUACCUCAACCGGUGCCAUCGACGUGUUCGACGGCGGCAAAUCUAUUGGCAAACUUGGAUCGCAUGCAGGGAGGGUGACGUCUCUUUCACUUCAUCCUAGUGGGAAUAUUAUGGCUUCAACUGGUGUCGAUAAGAUUGUCGCUUUCUACGACCUGUCUAGCCUGAAGAUCGCAUCCCAAAUAUACACCGAUUCUGAGGUCACGUUCGGCAGCUUUCACCCCGAUGGCCAUCUCUUUGGUGCAGGUGGGCGCGAUGGACAUAUUAGACUUUAUGAUGUCGUAUCUGGAUCCAUGGGCGCCGACUUUGCGGCCGAGGGUCCACUCAAAAGCUUGGCCUUCUCCGAGAAUGGCUAUUGGCUCGCAUCGGCAUCGCAGGGCCAGAGCAGUGUCGCUAUUUGGGAUCUCCGAAAGAUGAAUACUAUCAAGGUCCUCGACAUUGGUAGUCCAGUUGAGAGCAUGGCGUGGGAUUACACAGGAGGCUUUCUCGCCGUCGCUGGCUCUGGUUGUGUUGCUGUACAGCACUAUUCCAAGUCGAGCAAAAAAUGGAGCGAACUCGUACGCAAGGCUGUUCCAUCCAAAGGGGUAGAAUGGGGUUCCAAUGCAAAGUCACUAGUUGCACUGACCGCUGACGACCGAAUCAAUCUCUUCGCUGCGUCAUGAUGGGCAGGUAAUCUGUUUGCUAUGUAUUAUUAGGGUCUCUGGUCUUGUAGGCGUCCAUGGACUUGGAAGGGUCAAAAUUGCGCUGAGUUUAAAUAGCCGCAAUACUGCAUACAGCCCAGGCUUGCUAUCCGUACGAUACGGUCGUAUCUCACGCUGCUUAUGGUGAUUUGAUGGCAGAAACGUGAAGAGUGUCGGAAAAUGGCAGAAAUGCUUGGGCUGCGGAGCCGGACGGAUUUGUCAAUAUGGAGGUCGCAGUGGUUAGAAAAGGAACCCUAUUUUCUUGAAGAGCAGAUGAGGUUAGAUGUGCCGGACUGAAGUGAGCGAGGCACGUAAACAAGAAAGUCUCUCUGUCUUUCCGUUCACUUUUGUACUCUUCACUACGCAGUCGCGCAGUAUGACUUUUUAUAUAGAGUACUAUGGUGACCACUUGUUAGCGGUUGGCGGUUGCCACUACGCGAGGAAGCCCC